AUGACUGAUCCCAAGAACACAGCUGGCCAGCGUUUGACGCAGAUCAAGGAUUUUUUGACCAUGAACGAGACUGCAACUACCAUUCCCUGGGACCCCGACUGUACGAAGUUCCCGACGAGAAAGGAGCUACCUCAGAUACCGGGCGCGCCGGAGGAAGCGGCUUGGGUUUGGGGUGACAAUGACUACGUGCGCGCCCCUGCAUUCGGUCGAGAGGUCUUUCAGCAUGAGAUCAAGACGCUUGCUGAAGGGUAUGCUUACGAUGAUUUGUACACCAUGAACACGCAAUCGGGAACGCAAUGGGAUACGAAGGGAACGGACAUUACUGGGCCAUCAGCAAACCAUAAAUGUUCCAUCCACCACUGGGCUGAGCACGGUAUCGCUGGGCGUGGAGUACUGCUCGAUUACCGAGGCUACGCACACAAAAAGGGCAUUAAUUAUGAUCCAUACGAUUACUAUCCAAUUUCGUGGGAGGCACUUUACGAAUGUGGCAAAGACCAGGGUAUUGACAUCCGACCCGCUGCGCAAGGCGGCGACAUCAAGAUCGGAGACAUGCUGUUCAUCCGCAGCGGCUGGAAAGAAGCGUACGAUAACAAAUCCGAUGCCGAUCGCACGAAAGCUGCGUUGAGACAUGGCACUGGUAAGGACGGCGAAGAUGGUCAGCGCUAUGCUGGCGUGAGUCAGGAGCAGAAGAUUCUCGACUGGCUUCACGACUGCUACUUUUCAAGCGUUGCUGGCGAUGCGCCUGCUUUUGAGGCAUGGCCCACACACGAAGGUCAGUUGCAGCGUCCGUUCAUCUCGUGCGUUCUCCUGACAUCUUAG